AUGACACAACUCCAUCCUUUAGCUAUAGUGAAUAAUAAUAGGAUUUAUGCUUUGCGUCAAAAUGUGUCUUCUACUAGUCCCAACCCAUUUGCAGAAUUUCGAAUUCAAAAUUUGAAGGGACCGAUCGAUGAAGUAACUUUAAACGAUGCGAUAUUAACACCUUGGGAUGCUCGCGAAAAUUUUCGUUUUCGAGUAUCAGAUUAUGAUGGAAUGUCUGCCACAGUUCGAAUUAGUUAUAAUUAUACUAAUCACGAGGACUUGAUUAAACGAUUGUCUUCUUAUUCAGGAAUUAACAAACUUUCCACAAAUGGAUUUUCAGAUUGGAUACCUCUUGAUUCUUGUACCGUUAGUAUAUUACAUCCUUUUUCUUCUCAUUCAGAGAAAUUUUCAUCUGAUAAUGGUGAACUUCCACUUGAGAUUGAAAAAGUUGAUAUGGCCAUAGAUAAUAUGGCAGGUGAUAAAUGUAAAGACAGAAUAAAUCAAAAUAAAUGUUUAGCGUCAUUGUUUCCAGGUUCUACAGUGACUUCUAGUCAAGACGGAAAUUUUCAUAUUAUCUGGUCAAACUCUAUUAAAAACAUUUCUGCUGUUAUACAAUUAUUUAAUUUUGUGAUAAUUGGAAGAACAAAUCGCUUUUUUGAGAAGACAAAAGAUAGAUUUCUUUUAUAUUCUGUCCAUAUAUUGAAUGCUAUUAGGAGUAUUCCUGUGCUUCAUAAGACAAUUAUGAUAAUUAAACAUUUCUUUGAAAGUCAUUUGAUAGAUGAUCAGCUUAAAGAUCUUUUUAAAAAUAUUGAUGAUUUACUGGUCAAAUUGGAGCAAACGAUUGGAAAUAUUAUUAAUACUCUUGGAGAGAACCGAUAUGAUCAAUUAAAUGGACAUUUUGCUAAAACAAGUGAAAUACUUCGUGAAAUUUGUUCUUUAAUUGAAAAGGGAAUUAACAAACUGGAUGCCUUGGCAGAAGAGGCCAAUGCACUUCAAGAAAGGACAAAUAUUUUGACCUAUGUUAUGAGAGGUGCAAUUCUUGGUGCAGUGUUUUUCAGUGGCAUGACGUUUUCAGCAGGAGUACCAGGAAUCACACGGCAGCAAUUUAUCAGGCGAUUAGCUGGUGGAAUAGUUGGUUUCGUUACUUGUAGCAGCGUAUAUGAAUAUUCAUAUUUACUCAGUAGCCAAUAUAGAGAAGAUAUCGAUAUGUACAAAAGAGCAAAAGAAGAUUUGAAGAAAAUGGAUGAAUUAUUUUCUAAUAUGAAUGACACUAACGUUCAUUACCUUCAUUUGGAUGAUCAACUUUAUCCGGGCAAAGCAGAAAUUUUUGCUAAUGUUUUCAAAAAAUUUCAAAAUGAAGUUCAAAACGUGGAUCUAAAU